UGAAUUCCUUAUUUUCUUUUCAUUUUCACUUUGACUUCUCCGUUCGUGGAACUGUUUUCUCGUAACAUUGGUUUGUUUGCGAUCGCAGAAUUUGUUUAAGAAAAUUUAUGUGAAACAACCAAUAUUAUUAGCAAUAAAAUAAAUCGUGCAUUAAUUCAAUACGAACAACUGAUAAAGGAAGACAUUUUGUGAAAUAAAAAUUGAGUGCAGUGAAAUCCACAAUUAAAAGGGCUCAAGCUAAUAGAGAAAAAGACCCAAAACCGAAUGAACGAGGACAAAAGAAAAAAGAAAAGGUUGCGAAAAUAACAAUUUCGGUUGCUCAAGCAACAGUGGUGUUGCACGAAUUUGUAGGCAGACGCCACUUGCCACAUUUUCAGCACCAUUAGGCAACGGCUCCUACACGAAAAUGGGUUACGAUUUGCAUCGCUUUCAGGGUGAAGUGGAUGAAGAACUCACUUGCCCCAUAUGCUCAGGUGUUCUUGAAGAGCCGCUACAGGCGGCAAUGUGUGAACAUGCUUUUUGUCGUGCGUGCAUUAACGAAUGGCUCACCCGUCAGCCCACCUGCCCAGUAGACCGCAACGCAUUAAACACCGCUAAUUUGCGCGCCGUGCCGCGUAUACUUCGCAAUCUGCUUUCACGACUUUCCAUCACCUGCGAUAAUGCGCCAUACGGUUGCACAUUAGUACUCAAGCUGGAUGCAUUGAACUCUCAUCUGGAAGAGUGUGAACACAACCCAAAACGUCCAUUGCCGUGUGAGAAGGGGUGUGGUUUUGUUAUACCGAAGGACGAGCUUAAGGAUCACAAUUGCUUGCGAGAAUUGCGUUCUAUGAUACAUCAACAGCAGUUGAAAAUGGGAGAGCUUAAGACAGAAAUUGGUGAUCAGAAUUUGGUCAUCAAUGAGUUGAAGCGUGAGUUGCAACUAUUUAAAGACUUUAUGCGCGCAAUGCGUGUCUCCAAUCCAGCUAUGCGUGCGAUUGCCGAUCAGAUGGAACGCGAUGAGGUAAUACGCUGGAGUUCGACUUUGUCACGUGCACGUGUAACACGCUGGGGCGGUAUGAUCUCAACACCGGAUGAUGCACUACAGAUGAUGAUAAAACGUGCAUUGUCCGAAUCUGGCUGUCCACCACAUAUACUGGAUAAUCUAAUGGAGAAUUGCCACGAAAGACGCUGGCCACGGGGCUUGAGCUCACUAGAGACGCGACAGAAUAAUAGACGCAUCUACGAUAACUACGUCUGCCGACGUAUACCAGGUAAACAAGCUGUGUUGGUUUUAAGCUGCGAUAAUGCUCAUAUGUCCGAAGACGUAAUGGUCGAACCGGGUUUGGUGAUGAUUUUUGCUCAUGGCAUUGAAUGAAGGCGCACAUUUUCUCUGUAGAAAUACACAAACAAUUUAAAGAAGAAUUAGAAAAGACAAAAAAUUAAUUGAAAUAAUAAACUACAUGAAGAAAGCAGGAAAGCAGACGUAUUAAACAUAUGUACACAUCUACACGAACUUAAACAUAGACGGCAAUUGCGCCAGCUUGUUAAUUAAAAUUAAUUAAAAAAAAUUAAGCAGCUAAAAAAUUGUGCGAGACACAUGUACACAUUAGCGAAAUUUUAAGUAUUGAAGAGCCAAAUCAGCAUUAGUGGACUUUAGAAUUGUACAAAAAUUUACUCUUUCGAUUACACAAUUAACUUUGAGAUUCUCCUUAACCUUAAAUAUAAUUAAUUUUGUUUUACUUUUGUAACUCAUUUGUUGUACAAACUAACGAAAUGCACUUGAGAUUUACUUUUACAACUGUGUUUAUAAACUUAUUAUUGAGAAGAUAAAAAUUACAUAAAUUGUUAUUGUGCUAGUAUAAUAAUGUUUCAACUUUAAAGUGUCUUAGUUUGGUCGCAAAGAGCGAAAAAGCUUUAUGAUUUGCAACAAUACAGGGUACAUUAGGGUGUGUGCGCCCGAUAUCGUGUAACUUUCAUUUGAGCGAAUCCUUUGGUGGUUUGAAACUCAGCGGCUGUAUGCAAAUGUAAACAUAAAUUGGAAAAAAAUGUUUAUGUAAUCAUUAAGUACGCUUCGAAAACAUAAUUUAAUUUUAAUUUUCUCGAUUUCAUUAGCUCAUGACCGUAACAAUCGACUGCAUAAUUAUCAUUGCCUCUAUUAAAUUAAAAUUUAAAAAGUGCGAAUUUUACAUAAAACAACAUAAUUUCACCAUAUGUUUGUAGUCUUAUUUAAGCGAUCUCAGACAGGAAAUGAACAUUGUGUUAAUAAAUAAUAUUAAUAAUGAACUACCAAUAUGACCAUAUGUAUACUUGUUAGUUACAUACAUAUGUAGCACAUACAUACACACAAUACAUACAUACAUAGUUGUAUAAUAAAGUACUUUA